AUGAUCACCUCUACCGAAGCUGCCGUCACAAAUCCUUCUACCUUCAGGAUUGGUGCCAUUGUGGAUGAAACUUCACGAAUCGGGAAAGAGCAGAUUCUCGCUAUGCAGAUGGCAGCAAAAGACUUCCAAGAUCCUGCAAAUCAAAGCUUGGUUCUUGAUAUGUACAUUACAGAUUCUAAAGGGGAACCACUCCAAGCUGCUCUUUCAGCUCAGGAGCUUGUGAACUCAUCACAAGUAAAAGCCAUAGUUGGACCAUGUUCAUGGGAGGAGACAUCUCUAGUUGCUCAAAUCGCCACCAAAAACCAAAUCCCACUUCUGUCCUUCGCCGAUUCAACUCCAAGGUGGGCAAGGGAGAGAUGGCCCUUUCUGAUUCAAGCGUCGUCAAGCAAGUCAGCUCAAAUGAAAGCCAUAGCCGCGAUCAUACAAUCAUGGAACUGGCAUCAAGUCUCUGUGAUCACUGAAGAUGUAGAGUCUUCAACAAAGGCAGUGCUUCAGCUCUCUACAGCUCUCAGACAAGUGAAUGUGCAGCUUGUUGAUGUCAUCACUCUCCCUCCUUCCUCUAAUCCCUCGUUGCUUUCUCACCAACUUGAAAGCCUCAAGGUCCGCCCUUGUAGAGUCUUUGUGGUUCAUCUCUCCUCUAGUACUGCAUUAGCUGAGCAAUUAUUCAGAACGGCCAUGGACAUGAAAAUGCUAGAAAGGGACUAUGUUUGGAUAACCACCCAUGCCUUCACAAGCCUUCUUCACACCUUCCACCCUUCCACCAUUUCAGCAAUGCAAGGGGUUAUAGGAGUGAAGGGGCAUUUCAGAGAGACCAAACCAAGGUAUCAAUCAUUCAGCAAGAGGUUUCGAAGAAGGUUCAGCUCUGCACAUCCAGAUGAGAGCAAUCAUGAGCCUUCGAUCUUUGCAGUCGAGGCUUACGAUGCAGUAUGGGCAUUGGCUCUCUCACUCUUGAGACCAAGCAACGUAACAGGAGGCCAAGAGGACUUACUGAACAAGUUGCUUCUCUGCAACUUCAAUGGCUUGGUUGGGAAUGUGCAGUUCACCGUGCAGAAAGCAGGCUCUUUGAACACAUUUGAGGUCAUCAAUGUGAUAGGAAAGAGCUAUAAUGGUUUGGGAUUGUGGACAGAUGGUCAUGGCUUCUCAGAGAAUACAGUUGGCGAAGAAGAAACUGCUACGUAUUUCUCAUCCAUGAGAGACAUCAUGGGGCAUGUGAUUUGGCCAGGAAGGCCUAGGUACAGUCCUAAGGGAUGGACUCCAUCACCUAUUUCUGAGCCAAUAAUUAUUGGUAUCCCAACUGAGUCCAUAUUUAAGCAAUUUGUUGACAUUGAACUCGAUCCCGUCCAAAACACCAUCUCUGCAAAAGGGUAUGCCAUUGAUCUCUUUGAAAAGGCUGUGGAACAACUGCCAUUCUAUUUGCCUUACGAAUUUCGUGCCUUCAAUGGAACGUACAAUGCCUUGGUACAGCAAAUUUACCUGAAGAACUUCGAUGCAGCAGUAGGGGAUAUAGCAAUAGUCACCAAUAGACUUCCUUAUGCAGAUUUCACUCAUCCAUACACGGAAUCAGAACUUGUUAUGAUAGUACCACUCCAAUCAAAGAAAGUCAAUAGAGCUUGGCUUUUCACCAAGCCUUUCACUGGUUCACUGUGGCUUCUGAUCUUUAUCCUCAACAUCUACAACGGAUUCGUCGUAUGGAUGAUUGAAAGAGACCAUUGCUUGAAGCUCAGAGGCUCGAUUGGCAACCAGGUUGGAGUUAUGCUCUCCUUAUCCUUCACCACACUCUUCACGUUCCAAGGAUUGAAGCUCCAUAGCAACUUGUCAAGAAUGGCGUUGGUGGUUUGGUUGUUCAUGGCACUAGCAAUCACACAAACUUACACGGCGAACCUAUCAAGCAUCCUCACAGUGCCAAAACUCGAACCAGCAAUCGACAACGUUGAAUCGAUACAGAUGAGGCGUGCUAACAUUGGGUACCUGAAAGUGACGUAUGUGGCCAAGUACCUGGAAGAAGUGUUGCAUUUCAGCCCUAAAAAGGUGAAGGAGUACACCUCCCCUGAGGAUUCCAUGAGAGACUUACAUGAAGGAGUGAUUGCAGCGGUAUUCAUGGAGAGACCUUGGGCCAAAAUUCUGCUCGCUAGAUACUGCACCGGCUUCACCAUUGCUAAACAGUCCUUCAAAGUUGGAGGCUUCGGGUUUGUAAGUCUUCAAAUUUCCUCUUUCCUGCACUUAAACCCAAUUUUGGUAUUGAAUGUGUUUCUGACAAACAAGUGGUACUUUACCGAGCAAUUUUUAUUUGAUGAACUCCAGGCGUUUGCCAAGGGAUCUCCAUGGCUUCCAUACGUGACAGAGGCUCUGGUGAAGGUGACUGAAAGCGGGCAGCUGAGGGAUUUGGAGAUAGACAUGAUUGCUUCUCAGAAAUGUGUUGGGAAUGAUGAACUGCUAGGCGAUUCUUCAUCUGAAGCUGGCUAUGGGAGCUCCAACCCUAGCCUCGGGGCAGAUAGUUUUUGGAUGUUGUUCGUGUUUACAGCAGGAACGUCCACUCUGGCUCUCUUAAUGUUUAUGUAUUGGUCCGAGGAUGAACUUUAUGAUUCCUCCUCCAGCGUCGUCAAAUGA